GAUUACAGGCGUGAGCCACCAUGCCCGGCCGACAAUAUUACUUCUUUCUUUCCUAUCUGUAUGGCUUUUGCUUCCUUUUAUUUUCGUAUUGCACUGGCUGUGACCAGUACAACGUUGAAUAGAAGUGGAGAAAAUGGACGUCAUGAAGACAUCUUUAAACAUUUCUUUUUGUCAGAUAGAAAUAAUCACUGACUGUAAUAGAGGCAUAAACUAUGAUGGAAUGCAAACUCUGUAUGUGUGAACAGGGGUUGGCAGAAAAGGAAACAAAUCCUAGUGACUGGGGAAGAUUCAGAAGGAGCAGAGUUUUUAAGCAGGUUAGUUGGCUCUCAUUGGUCUGACCCUGGAAGGUGGCGGUUUCUGUAGCCUGUUUCCCCCACCCAUGAUAUGCUGCUGGAGUUCCCUUCCCCAUCCCCCCACAGCAGAGCUGCCUCGACCCCUUUCUAUCUGUUCCAGGAUGCUGUCCUCUCCCUGCACGCCGGCAAGCUCACGGACUUGCUCCCGUAUCCUGGGACUGAGCCUUGGGACUGCAGCCCUGUUUGCUGCUGGGGCCAACAUGGCACUCCUCUUUCCUAACUGGGAUGUGACCUACCUGUUGAGAGGCCUCAUUGGCAGGCAUGCCAUGCUGGGAACUGGGCUCUGGGGAGGAGGCCUCAUGGUACUCACUGCCGCUAUCCUCAUCUUCUUGAUGGGCUGGAGAUACGGCUGCUUCAGUAAGAGUGGGCUCUGUCGAAGCGUGCUUACUGCUCUGUUGUCAAGUGGCCUGGCUUUACUUGGAGCCCUGAUUUGCUUUGUCACUUCUGGAGCUGCUCUGAAAGAUGGUCCUUUUUGCAUGUUUGAUGUUUCGUCCUUCAAUCAGACACAAGCUUGGAAAUAUGGUUACCCAUUCAAAGACCUGCACAGAAUUAUCUAUAUGACCGUUCGCUCUGGAACUCCGUCUGCCUGGAGCCCUCUGCAGCUGUUGUCUGGCACGUGUCCCUCUUCUCCGCCCUUCUGUGCAUCAGCCUGCUCCAGCUUCUCCUGGUGGUCGUUCAUGUCAUCAACAGCCUCCUGGGCCUUUUCUGCAGCCUCUGCGAGAAGUGACAGGCAGAACCUUCACUUGCAAGCAUGGGUGUUUUCAUCACCGGCUGCCUUGAAUCCUUUCUCCAAGGAGUGGGUACGAAUUAUAAACAAACUUCCCCUUUAGGUAUCCCUGGAGUAAUAACGACAACAAAAUUCACUGCAUGUCGGUGGAAUGAUAGAAUCAUUUUAAAUCACACUGUAAACUUGCAGGUGACCCAUGGGUAGGAUAAAUAACUGAGUCAUUAUAAUUGUGUGGGAAUUGAUAGUCCAUCAAAUAUCCUCUAGCCAGGGUCUCAUUUCAGCUUCUUGACAAUCCCAUAAAAUUGGCCAGUUGUUACACAUAGAGAAGGUGAGGCUCACAGAGGGUAACAGGCUUGCUGUAAAAGCACACAGUGAAGUUAA